GGGAGGAGCCCGACAGGGGCCGAGGGCUGCGAGGGGAGACGCCGGAUGGGGCGUCCCUGGAAUUUGCAAGCAGGUGGCAGCCUCCAAAACCCACUGCAAAGGCCUUUUCUUUUUAUGCAAAGCCAGCUUGGUUCAGAGCAGCGCCAGUCUCCCCCAUGCCACCUCCUCCUCACCUGCCCCCUGCACAAAGGCUCCUCCACUGAGAUGGCACCUGGGGUUGGGCUCAUGGUUUGCAGAUGACGCCGGGAGGGCAGAGCUGCGCAUUUGACUGCCGAGCGCCGAACUCAAAGUCCUUCCUUAAAUGCACUUUGCUAAGCAAAUUCUCCAGUGUCCCGCUCCCCUCCAGCAAGAGCCCCCAGGGCUUGCUGAUGCCACCCCCUCCAUCCAUCCCCACACCGCUGCCUUUUUAAACACCCCUGCAAGCACCGGCUGCAGGACAGCGAAGCCAUGGCCAGCAUCCUGCUGCUGCUCCUGAGCUGUGGCAGCGCGGCAGCCCGCGAGCUCACGUGCAUGUCGGCCCAGUUCAAGAGGCCUGGCCACUACAUCCUGGGAGGGCUGUUCCCAUUCGGCAUCAACACCGUGAACCUCAGCGCGCGGGUGGAGCCCACGGCUGUCGUGUGUGAAAGGUUGUACGCCGCGGGGCUCAUCUGGGCUCUGGGUAUGAAGUUUACGGUGGACGAGAUCAACAACUCCACGGCGCUGCUCCCGGGGGUCCGGCUGGGCUACGAGAUCUACGACAGCUGCUUCGAGCCCGUGGUGGCCCUGCAGCCCAGCCUGCUCUUCCUGACCCAGGAGCGCAGCACCGGGAUCGACGUCCUGUGCAACUACGCCGACUACCAGCCCCGCGUGGCUGCUGUGAUCGGGCCCCACACGUCAGACCUCUGCAUGGCGACGGCCAAGCUCUUCAGCUUCUUCCUGACCCCGCAGGUCAGCUACGGGGCCAGCGCCGACAAACUGAGCAACAGCGAGCUGUACCCCUCCUUCUUCCGCACGGUGCCCAGCGACAAGCGGCAGGUGGAGGCCAUGAUACACCUGCUCAGCAGGUUCAAGUGGAACUGGAUUGCCGUCAUCGGGAGCGACGACGAGUACGGCCGCGAAGGGCUGAGCCUCUUCACCAACUUGGCUGCCAGCUACGGGAUCUGCGUGGCCUACGAGGGGGUCAUCCCCACCGACGGGUCAGCCCCAAACCCCUGGGAGAAGCUGGACGAGGUGAUUAAGUACAUCAACUCCACCCAGGUGAACGUCAUCGUGCUCUUCUCCAUCGACCGCCCGGCGCAGGCCCUGCUGGAGCGCUGCAUCAAGAAGGGGCUGAGCCCGAAAGUCUGGGUUGCCACCGAGGCCUGGGUGAUGUCCGACAUCAUCAUCUCCAUCCCUCGCAUCCGCACCAUCGGGACUGUCAUCGGUUUCAUCAUCAAAGGUGGCGAGGUACCCGGCUUUGAGGAGUAUGUCACCCAGCUCUUCGCCUCCAUCCAGCAGGAGAGCUUCUGCCAGGCCUCCCGGGAGUGGAGCCGCCAAAUGGAGUCGGGGGUGCUGGGCCCGCAGUGCGAGCACUGCAACCGGGUGGGCUGGCAGGAUGUGGCCUCCUCUGUGACGCACCGCCAGACCUAUGCGGUGUACAUGGCUGUGUACAGCGUGGCCCAUGCCCUGCACAAGGUGCUCGGCUGCACGAAGGAAAGGUGCUCCGUGGUGCCCAUCAAAUCCUGGCAGCUGCUGGAGGUGAUGAGGACGCUUCAGUUCGAGGUGAACAACUACAGCUUCAAGUUCGACCAGUCCCAGAGCACCAACAUGGGCUACGAGAUCUUGCUGUGGAGCUGGCAGAACCACACCCUCCACCACGUCCCCGUCGGGGAAUACGAGAACGCCCUGUCCGUCAACGAGUCCCUGAUCCAGUUCCACACCGCGGAUAACAAGAACCCGAUGUCCACCUGCUUCAGCCACUGCAAGCCAGGGCAGAUGAGGCGAGUGAAGGGCUUCCACCUCUGCUGUUACGACUGCAUCGACUGCCCCAGAAACACCUACAAGGACAGCAAGGAAGACAUGUUCUGCUUUCCCUGCCCCCAGCACCAGUGGUCGCCGGCUCGAAGCAUCCAGUGCUGGGACCGGACCGAGAGGUACCUCUUCUGGGGGGAGCCGCUCACCGUUGGCUUGCUCACCCUGACACUCGUUGCCCUGGCCCUGAGCUGCCUGGCGGCUGCCCUCUUCUACAAGAACCUCAGCACCCCCCUGGUGCAGGCGGCCGGGGGCUGGAUGAGCGUCUGCGCCUUGCUCAGCCUCUCGCUGAUGAGCGUAAGCACCACCUUGCACGCAGGGAAGCCCAGCCAUUACAUCUGCCUGAUGUACCAGCCUGUCUACGCCCUGUGCCUCAGCAUCUGCUUCUCCACCCUCCUCGUCAAGUCGCUCCAGAUUGCCCUGGUGACCGAGUUCAAGAGCUGUGCCCGCACCCUCCUGCCCUGGGUCACCCAGAGGAGGGCCUGGAUCCUGGUGGCCUCCUGCUUCCUCAUCGAGAGCCUGCUGUGCCUUGGGUCCCUCUGCAGCGCCCCUCCCCUGCUGGAGUACGACUACCAGCUGCUGCCCACAGAGACGCUGGUCCACUGCCGGUUACAGUCCUGGCUCUUCUUCAUCUUGGUGCAUGGCUUCAACAGCGCCGUGGCCUUCGUCUGCUUCCUCUGCACGUUCAUGGUGCAGACCUCAGGCAAGAAGUACAACAUGGCCCGGGGCAUCACGUUCGCUAUGCUGACCUAUUUCUUCACCUGGAUCUUCUUCAUCACCACCUAUACCACCAUCAAGCCCACCUACAAGCCCGCCGCCCAGAUGGGCGCCAUCCUUAGCACAGUCCUGGGCACCCUUAUGGCUAACUACCUCCCCAAGUGCUACAUCCUCCAGUUCAAGCCCGACUGGAACACGUUGGAGCGUUUCCAGAACUACGCCAAGGAGGUACCAGAGGACAAGGACUCUGGCUAAGCGGAGGACAAAGCUGGCAGAGGGGUUUGGUUUGUCACGUGAGCUGCGGCCUGCAGACGCGGCGAUGGUCUCAAACAUGCACAGCCCUUUCUUCUGGGCUGAACAUUCAAACCCAGGUCUCAAGCUUCAGGGCUCAAUUAGCUGAGCUAGAGGAAGAUAUCUAAAGGCAACAGUAGUAGGUCCUCUCUCCUCUCCACGAGCUGAUCCCUAGAGGAUGAAAUUUCUUGUUCAGAUACCUUUUUCACAGCCAGGACCACCACAGGGUCGUCUGAGCAAGGGUCCUCAAACCAUUUGAUGCUUCUCUGUCUGAGUCGGUUCCCUUAGCAUAUUUCCAACAUUACCAGGCUCUCAGCAGGGGCAGAUGUCCAAGCCACGUGCUGCCUCUCUCAGGAAGUUUCUGCCUGCUCAUUUCUAGCUGAUCCUUAGUACGCUGAAGUGAACUGCUGCUUUCAAAAGCUUAUGCAUGUCUGAUUUAGUCUAUAAGGUGCAACUCGACCCUGCUUUCUGCAGGACACAGAAAUACAAUAGUAAUAUGGAAACAGGAAAUAGUGGAGGAGGACACUGCUCGUCAUAGAAGUUGUGGGUGCUCUGGAUCCUUUAGGGGCCGACCGGGAGGGUUUGAGAACCAGGAAAGUUGGUCACUGACCAUGGAAGGCUGGAUCCUGGCUUGCUCCCCUCCAAGCAUUUGCCAGAGCCAGCAUGGAUGGGGGAGAUGGAUAGAUUAGGGACAAGAUAAAGCACCGAGUUGCUUUUCUGCAGGCUGUGAGGGUGAGAACCAUAUUUGAGGCCACUUCAAGGAUCAGCUCCUCCAUUCCCAGCAGCUAGUUUAGAAAAAAUAAAGGUGCCUGCAUUAGUCCUUAGCUGCUGUCACUCUUUCACCACCCUCAGCUCCUCCUGUCUAUUUGUUGCAUCAGUAGAGCACAACGUCCUCUUAAAGAUGUGUUGUGGCUUAUGGGACAGCACCUUGGGUUUCGUGACGGGGCUCACCUAAUGGGAACACGCACAUUGCUAAUUAGGUUUCCGUGGAUUGUUUCAUUAAAAAGUGACAAGUCAAAGCCAUUCCACCUUUCUGGACUGAUAUCGUAGAGAUCAGGGUAAUUUUUCACGCAAGUUUCUUACAAGUCCUCUGCGCCGUCCCUUUUGUGUUAAGAGAUCCAAGCCAU